AUGCCCUCAUAUCAGCGAUCUGUUAUUCGUCGGCUCACUCAAUCAGGUAGAGUGACGUCAACAAGUCCUAUGCGAAGAAGAUCUUAUCACGUUCAAACAACAGCUCAAAUGAUCAUGCGGCGGUACACCAGAUUGACGUCCUCCAGGCAGGAAAGGGAGGUUAGAAGGAGGUUGCUUUUGCAGCGUCGUGGCACAGCAGAGAGAGCCACCAUGCCGUCACGUAACGAGGGAUCACCAGCACCGUAUGGCCAUCAAUUCAGGUUGCUCCGAAAUUUUCGACAGGGACGGCUGAUAAACUCAGCGCAGACUACAAUUCCUCCAGGUUCGCAUCGUGAGGGUGGACUGCGAGCGGGACGUCCACGACGAAGUCCAGGAACGACUAAUAGAGAAGGCCAAGCACCUCUACGUAUAGUUUCUGUACUUCGUGCAUUACGGCUAAACGACGCUUCUGACCUCGAAAGAGCACUGAGAGAUCGAUCAAUUCGUGAUCUAAUUUUCAACAGAAACAAUUAUGAAAUGUUUUCUUUGCCUCCACGGAGAGUAAUGAUCGGAAUCUGGCUUGCAUUCCUAAUUGCCGUUUACAUACAAGAAUUUGAAGAAGCAAUGCGAGAAUUGGUAAAUUCUGAAAAUCUCAACAAUGUCGACAGCCUACCUGAACUGGUCGAGAGUGUUUUUAAUUGGCUUGUUGAAGCAGGUUACUUACGUGGCAUGAAUCGACGCCAAAGACCGCCCCUGCCCAUCGUCCCAUUCGUGGGAAGCGCAGCGUACGGGCAGACUACGUGUGCUAUAUGUUUAGAAGAGCUACUUCAACAGGCUCCAGUCACUAUCUUACGAUGCAAUCACAUUUUCCACCCAACGUGUAUUCAGGAAUGGAUGAAUCAACGCUGGACGUGUCCAAGCUGUCGUCAGCGGCAGUAUUAA